CUAGGGAUCCACUGUACACAUUAUGUGUGAUAUAUUUAGCUAAACAGGUGGUACAUGAUACUGUUUUUAUGUAUUUGUCAUUAUGAUGUGUCUGGGCUCUGUUUUGUGUUUUUGCGCUCUCCGCUAAAAACGUCAGACUUUGACGUCACUCCGGAGGACCAACAAAGCUUCAGCGGAAGAGAUCCCGGUUAAAUUUGGACAGCGUGUAUUUGUUGCUGUUCUCUGUCGAUAUUGUAAAGUAGUUUCUACUGAUUAUUUGCAGAAUCGCGGUGCAGGUGUCCGCCAUGUCUGUGAAUUACGCUGCAGGGCUUUCCCCUUACGCCAAUAAAGGCGUUUGUGGCAUCCCAGAGGUGUUCGACGGCCCCGAGGAGCUCCGGAGUAAAGUGGCGAAACUGGCUCAGCUCGUGCGGGACGCACAAUACCUGGUGGUGCACACGGGCGCAGGCAUCAGCACGUCUGCGGGCAUCCCCGACUUCAGGGGUCCUAAAGGUGUGUGGACGAUGGAGGAGCAGGGGGAGGAGCCCCGCUUUGACAUCACCUUUGAGGAGGCGCGGCCCAGCCUCACACACCUGGCCCUGCUGCAGCUCCAGAGAGCCGGACGCCUCCAGUACCUCGUCAGCCAGAAUGUGGACGGCCUACACGUGCGCUCCGGCUUCCCACGGGAUCGUCUGUCAGAGUUGCAUGGCAACAUGUUUGUGGAAGACUGCAGAAAAUGUGGCAAGCAGUAUGUGCGGGAGAAGGUGAUCGGUGUGAUGGGCCUGAAACCCACUGGCCAGUACUGUGAGGUGACACGCUCACGAGGCCUACGGGCGUGCAGGGGAAAGCUGAUGAGCACCAUUCUGGACUGGGAGGACCCGCUGCCUGACCGGGACCUCAACAGAGCUGAAGAUGCCUCCAGGCGUGCUGAUGUGGCCAUUACGUUGGGGACGUCUCUUCAGAUAAAGCCCAGCAGUGACCUGCCUCUCAUCACCAAACGCAAGGGAGGAAAACUAGUCCUCAUCAACUUACAGCCCACCAAAUACGACAAGCAUGCUGACCUCGUUAUCCAUGGUUACGUGGACGAGGUCAUGGGUCAGCUGAUCAAGUGCCUGGGGAUGGACAUCCCCGAGUGGGAGGGGCCAACGUUGUGUGAGACCUCCCCCGGCGACCCUUUUGACCCGCCCCUCAGCAAACUCAAAGAAGAGGUGAAGACGGAGGAGGAGGAGGAGAAGAAGAAGGGAUCAGGGGUGGUGAAGAAAGAGGAGAAGAAGAAGGGAUCGGGAGUGGUGAAAAAAAAGAAAAAAGGCCGAGCGAUAAAGGUAGCGGCAGCCGUCAAACGAGAGCAGGAAGAACCGCCCUCAGAGACUCUUCCAAAGAGAGAACCUGCAGCGGUGACGGACAGCAGUUCUGAGCCAAUGAGAACACAAUCUGCCCACAAUGAGGCGGAGUCGGUUAAUGGUGCAGAACCGGAUCCUUCCUGUCUGUCCGAGCGCGCUGAUCAGCCGUCCCAACCCAAGAAAGCCAGGACUAAGCCUGCUGCAACGUAAACACA